AUGGAUUGCCCGGAUCCGGAGGGUCGGCCCGUCGAGGUCCUGAAAACCUCAGACUUUUACCGAACUUGCCAGCUGCCGAAAAGAUUUGAAUAUCCCUCAUGGUUUUACGGCUACGGCAUCCAGAAGAGGCCGCCCGAUCAUCCCUUCUACAGGACCACUUCAAGCGAUUACGGGAGGUACCCCCCUACAAUUCACAGCGUCCCGACGUCCUUCUUCCCGACUGAUCAGGAAUUCAGCAAGGCCUUGGCCAAGACGGGAAUGUAUAGGAAUUAUUCCUUGAAUACCGGUCUGGAUGUAUUGAGAUAA